AUGGCGACAAAACGAUCCAUCUCACUGGAGACCGAAUUUGUGUGCGACAUUAGCAAUAAAAGACAUCGACAGACAAAGGAUGAUGAUGCCUGUCCGAUAUUACCAACAAUACACAACGAUGAUGCAAUAUCAUCAUGCACUUUUCUUACAGUCCCGGAAAAGACAGAGACUCUAGUUCGUACUAGUGUCAUGCAGGACUUGACGCGUGUGGCGAUACUAGUGCCGUUUCGUGACAACCAUCCAACGCAACAGCGACGAGCACAUUUGGAUGAGUUUGUGCCGUACAUGACAAAAUUUCUGCAUCGUCAUUGUGCUGCAACAAGUGCCUCCUUUCAUAUGUUCAUCUUGGAGCAGUCAUUGGAUGGCCGCAAGUUUAAUCGAGGCAAGUUGCUUAAUGCAGGCUUCGAUAUGGCUCGCGAUGACUAUGACGUUUACAUAUUUCACGACGUGGAUCUACUGCCUGGAGACGAUCUAAGUGAGUGCUACACCUCAGUACCACACGUAGGACCAAUGCACAUUGCGCGAGUGUGGGAGCGCUACAGCGAGAGCUCCAACUACUUUGGCGGCAUCGUGGCAUUCACGCGCCAGCAGUUUGUUAAAGUCAAUGGAUUUCCCAAUAACUUUUGGGGCUGGGGUGGAGAAGACAAUGAGCUUUAUAGUCGCGUGAUGCGCAAGAAACUUAUCGUCCAAACACCAACAAGCGGUACAGUACGAGAUCUAGAAGAGAUGAAUCUUGAAGAGAAGCUCACGGUCCUUCGUAAUAGCAAAUGGAAGUGCACUGUAAAGCACGAAUUAUUGAAGGAGCACCAGCGCACAUGGAAGAAAAAUGGACUCAAGAGUCUUCAUUACGAGUAUGUGCAUGCUAAAGCCAUUAACAAGCACUGUACAAAAAUCACUGUCAAGUUAGGUCCGAAUGGGCACUGGUCAGACUCGAGGUCAUCUUUGGAGCACACGAGAGCACCUGAUCAAGACUUGGUUUCGCAUUUGGAAUGUAUUACGUCAACAACUUCACCUUUGAUCUCUCGAAUAGGUUCAAGUGAGUCCAAUCGAGGAACCGAGCAAUAG